AUGUCCACACCAAAAGGUCCCUUCCGCCUCGUAACCGUCAACACUGCCCCGGAGCGGGCAAAGCGUCUCAUUGGGCGUAUGGCCGAAGCCCUCAAGGAUCGGUAUACGAUCAUUCACAUCGAUAACUGUGAGACAAUCGAAGAAGUCGCGCCGAAGGUUACAGAGCAUAACCCCGACGUUUUGUUCAGCGCCUCAAUGUGGACAGCCGAGCAAGCCGCCGAGAUCCAGGCCAUUGCGCGCUCGAUCCGCCCCGAUAUCAAGCUCCAUGCGAUCCCUGCUGGGUUGCAGGUUGAGCGGGGGCCCGAUGCUGUGGUGGAGUAUCUGCUUGAGAACGUGCCAGCAUUGCUCGAUGCUGAGUAA